AGUCUGUCCGCCACCACCCACUCUGGACACAGAACAUCCAGUCAUGGAUAAAAAUGAGCUGGUGCAGAAGGCCAAGCUGGCCGAGCAGGCUGAGCGAUAUGAUGACAUGGCAGCCUGCAUGAAGUCUGUAACUGAGCAAGGAGCUGAAUUAUCCAAUGAGAGGAAACUUCUCUCAGUUGCUUAUAAAAAUGUUGUAGGAGCCCGCAGGUCAUCUUGGAGGGUCGUCUCGAGUAUUGAGCAAAAGAUGGAAGGGGCUGAGAAAAAACAGCAGAUGGCUCGAGAAUACAGAGAAAAAAUUGAGACCGAGCUCAGAGAGAUCUGCAAUGAUGUACUGUCUCUUUUGGAAAAGUUUUUGAUCCCCAAUGCUUCACAAGCAGAGAGAAAAGUCUUCUAUUUGAAAAUGAAAGGAGACUACUAUUGUUACUUGGCUGAGGUUGCUGCUGGUGAUGACAAGAAAGGGAUUGUGGAUCAGUCACAACAAGCAUACCAAGAAGCUUUUGAGAUCAGCAAAAAGGAAAUGCAACCAACACACCCUAUCAGUUUGGGUCUGGCCCUUAACUUCUCUGUGUUCUAUUAUGAGAUUCUGAACUCCCCAGAGAAAGCCUGCUCUCUUGCAAAGACAGCUUUUGAUGAAGCCAUUGCUGAACUCGAUACAUUAAGUGAAGAGUCCUACAAAGACAGCACACUAGUAAUGCAAUUACUGAGAGACAACUUGACAUUGUGGACAUCGGAUACCCAAGGAGAUGAAGCUGAAGCAGAAGGAGGGGAAAAUUAACCAGCCUUCCAACUUUUGUCUGCCUUAUUCUAAAAUUUACACAGUAGACCAUUUGUCAUCCAUGCUGUCCCACAAAUAGUAUUUUGUUUACGAUUUAUGACAGGUUUAUGUUACUUCUA